AUGACGGACGACAUUGCAUUGGCGAUCGUCGACGACGUCUUGCGCUCGGUCGAGGCGACGCGCGUGGUCCGGCACGCCGCCACGCGCGUGGCGCGGGACAUGUGGGAGAUGGUCCAUCUCUCGGCGCGCGUGUCACCGUCGCCCGCGUGCAUGCAGCGCAUCCCUGAAGAACCUUCGACGCUCGUCCUCGACAGCCGCGCCGCGCAGUGCAUCCCGAGCAAAGCGCACAAGCUGCGUUGGACGAUCGCGUCCAGCCCCACAGGCAGCGACUGCACAGCGUCGUCGCUCUCGGUACGCAUCGGAGCUUGGGCUCGCCUUCAUGAUAGGCAGAUCGAGCCGCCACCGCCUGUAUGCACGCGCACGGCCGCCCCACGCUGCGUCAAGUCGAUCAAGGCCACGACCAAGACCGUCGUGAUCCCACUCCUCGUUCCACGCUCGACGACGGCACUGCACGAGCUGUUCUCGCACCCGUUGCCAAAGAUGCUGCCGGAAAUCACGGUCGGCGCGACGCCCGUCUAUGUACCACCACCCAUCACGCCGCUGUGCACCGUCGUCAGCAACCAAGACGACGACCACCGACCCUUCUUGACGUCGGCCAUGUUCACGCCGACGCACCACCUUCUUUGCACCGACCACGCCGUUGCCACGCGGCCAGCCAGUGUGCCACCGCCCAAGGUCGAGCCGCGUGCUCGGCUACCGUCCACGACGUCGACCCGGCGGCUCUCGUUCCGGGUGCGGACGCACCCGUUGCAUAAGGCGCUGGCCCCAUUGCCUCGUAGCACAGCGAUGCACCACGACAAGGACCCGCGCCGGUGUCUCCCAACGUUGCGACACAAGCUGACGCACUAA